GCUGCCUGUCUUCUGACCAGCCAACGCCAUCAACUUAUCCUCCAGUCGGGGCUUUGAUUAUUUGGGUCGCUCUGUGGGUUUUCAGGUACUGGCGAAGCUUAACAGUUCGCGCACCGAGCCAUCAGUGGAAGGGGAGAGUUCCUCUGUGCAGUUUCAGUGGUGUGGAGGCAGAACUUCUCUCUGAAGCAGCACCUGUGAUUGUUUGGAGACUCAUCGAGACCGUCGAGAAACAUGAUCUUAAUGAUUCUCUGUACCAAGCCCCACCAGCAUCCAGUGGACCUGUAGAGCUCCGCCAGUCUCUAGAAUCAGAUCUGCUCUCUGUGAAUUUGAACCGAUAUGAUGUGGUUGCUCUGACUGAUGCUCUAAAAGGUUUCCUGCAGGACCUGCCUGCCCCCAUCAUACCUGCCACCAUCUACAGUGAGCUGGUCUAUACUGCUCAAGAGAGUCAGAGUGUGGAGGAGUGUGGGGAUAGGCUGAAAAGGAUCCUUGAGUCUCCCAGCAUCCCUCAAGUCAACCACCAGCUCCUGGUCCACCUCACUGGAAACCUGAAUCGAAUCAGCCAGCAGAGUCAAGCCUCCCCCCGGCUGCUAGGACAGGCCUUCACUGACAUUAUCUUCAAGCACCUUUCUCUUAGUGCAGAUGUAAAUCCAGAGCAUCACAUCAGGAUUUUGGAGGCGCUCAUCACAACUGCAGGUCGAAUGGAGAUGCAAGCAGCACCAGCCCUUCCUCCAAAGCCAACCAAGCCUCAGCAGCCCUCCUCGGUCGCAAUGGCAGGGGGCAGCAGCAAUGUCGCCAAGGAUGGAGGAGCGGGAGGCUCCUUACAAGAGGCCGAAUGGUACUGGGGUGACAUAUCCAGGGAGGAGGUGAAUGAUAAGCUCAGAGACAUGCCUGAUGGGACUUUCCUGGUUCGGGACGCAUCUACUAAGAUGCAAGGCGACUACACGCUAACGCUAAGGAAAGGGGGCAAUAACAAGCUGAUAAAGAUCUACCACAGAGAUGGGAAGUACGGCUUCUCUGACCCCCUGACUUUCAGCUCAGUGGUGGAGCUCAUCAGCCAUUACAGACAUGAGUCACUGGCUCAAUACAACACCAAGCUAGAUGUCAAGCUCAUGUACCCCAUCUCCCGCUUCCAGCAGGACCAGCUGGUGAAGGAGGACAACAUCGAUGCAGUGGGGAAGAAGUUGCAGGAAUACCACAAUCAGUACCAGGAGAAAAGCAAAGAAUAUGACAGACUAUAUGAAGAGUAUACCAAGACAUCACAGGAGAUCCAGAUGAAGCGAACAGCUAUUGAAGCCUUCAAUGAAACCAUCAAGAUUUUCGAGGAGCAAUGCCACACGCAGGAGCGCUACAGCAAGGACUACAUUGAGCGUUUUAGGCGUGAGAGCAAUGAUAAAGAGAUUGAGCGCAUCAUGAUGAACUAUGAAAAGCUUAAAUCUCGCCUCGGAGAGAUCCACGACAGCAAGGUGCGGCUGGAGCAGGACCUAAAGACGCAAGCCAUGGACAACCGGGAGACAGACAAAAAGAUGAACAGCCUAAAGCCUGAUCUCAUACAGCUCCGCAAAAUCAGGGAUCAGUAUCUAGUCUGGCUCAAUCAUAAAGGAGUUCGUCAGAAACGAAUUAAUGAUUGGCUGGGAAUCAAGAAUGAGAACACAGAUGAAGGUUACUUUGUGAGUGAGGAAGAUGAGAACUUGCCUCACUAUGAUGAGAAGAACUGGUUUGUGGGGGAUCUGAACAGGACACAGGCAGAGGAGCUGCUCCUGGGGAAGCCAGAUGGAGCUUUUCUUAUCCGAGAAAGCAGCAAAAAAGGGUGCUAUGCCUGCUCUGUAGUUGUGGAAGGGGAGGUGAAGCACUGUGUCAUCUACAGUACACCACGUGGCUUUGGCUUUGCUGAGCCAUACAACCUCUACAGCAGCCUGAAGGACCUGGUGCUCCACUACCACCAGACUUCCCUGGUGCAGCACAAUGACUCACUCAAUGUGCGCCUCGCCUACCCUGUCUACGCACAGAUGCCCUCUGGACGAAGAUGAACCCCAACCAACGAUGCUAAACAACUACCCCCAGAAGGACAACACAUUUUACCGUCUUCAGGAUAAAGAAGAAAAGGGGGUGUUAUGAAGCUUAAUGGGUGGUGGUGGUAUUGGUUGAAUUACAAAACAACCCUGUGUCCAGACCUGAUGAACAUCGAUACAAUUUUAACAUUUGCUGCAACACACACAUCAGCCACCUUGGAGUUAUAUAUUUUUACAAGAACAAUUUUGGAGGGCAUUCUUUCUAAAGACUGCUUGAUUUGCACAAGGAAGUUUUAAAUGUUUGUGAAUGUGAAAACAAAAGUGACCGAAGGAAGGAAAUGGAGUAGGAGACAUCAGAGUUUCAGGUUGAUCCCGCUGCUACCUAAACUCCAGCUCAGACUUUAUACCAGAAACUCUAAAGUACAAGAAUGACAACAAAACAUUCCCAUCAGACUUUUUCUGUGUUCCCAUCAUUUUUUCCUCCCUUUUCUUUUCAUCAGAUGGUGUAACUUUGAAAUAUAUUUUUGGAGAUUUUUUUUUUUUUUUUUUUUUUUUAAGAGGUUUCCUUUUUGUUUUCACUUACUUUGAAAUGAUGUCAAGUGUCUGUUCUCUGUCCCUCGCCAUACAAAAAUAUAAAACGAUGUAGCAUAAAAGACAAAGCACUAGGUGCUAUAGAGAGAGUAGACUGCUGCUGCUGAGGGAUCUGGGGGGAGGGAGGUGCACAAGUGACACAGAAGUUUUUUGUUUUUUGUCUCAAAGACUGAAGCCUUGCUUGUAUAAACUAAUUAUUUUGUUUUUAUUAUUGUUUUUUUUAACAUUGCUUUUUAUUAUAGUCCUGUGAAAAAGUAUUUGUACCACCCUUUUUCUUGGGGGGGACACAACAUGUCACACGUCACACUUAAAUGUUUCAGAUUAUCAAACAAAUAUUACUAAAUAUCCAAGUAAGUGCAAAAUGAAGUUCAUUUAUUAAAGGAAAAAAACAAUUAUAACCUACACGUCUCUAUGUAAAAGAGAAAAGGAAUUGCCCUCCACCCUUGAUAAUUCAUGAGUUUACUGCCAGAUAUGGAAGUUGUGAAUUAAAGUAUAUUAGAAAAAAUAAAAGCGAAACUUCAUGCUACAAUCUAAAGAAACUUGAACAGAUGAAAAACAAAGUCAUUGACGUCUGUCUGUCUGGAAAGGGCUACAAAGAUAUUUCUAUGGGAAUCCAGCGAACCAUGGUGAAAGGUUGGAAUAGUGAACCUUCUCAUGAGUAGCCAUCCUGCCAAAAUUACUCCAAGAGCACAUCAACGACUUAUUCAGGGGUUCAUAAAAGAACUGCAUGUAAACAACUACAGACGUCACUUGCCUCAGUUCAGGUCAGCAUGCAUGAUUCACCAAUAAGACAGGGCAAACAUGGCAUCUAUGGGCACGAUCCAGGCCAGGAAGGUUUGGAUAGCUGCUUUUUGUCCUUAAAAAUUGAAAUAUUUUAGAACCUGCAUUUUGUAUUUCCUCAGGCUGUCCUUAUCUAAGAUUAAAACUCGAGGCUCUGAAACAUGAAA